GGUUAUAUCAUCUUCACUCAUGGGUCUAAAUGUUGAGGAAAGAAAUGAAACUAAUGUCAAGGUGUUGUUAACCUAGCCAGAUUGCAGGCACAAUUCAUUUUGCUUUACCUGUUUAUGGGGGAUGGAAAAUAUAUUACUUCCAUGUUCGAGCUUGUACAUCCUAAUUUUUAAUUGUCAUGCCUUAUUGGGGGGCAGUGGACAGUCUUAACAGGACAUACAAUUGUCUUUGGUUGUGAAGAAAAUUUAUUCAAAUUGGAUAUGGCAACAUGUUUCAAUUGUUGGUAUUCUGGUAAAAGGAAACUUUCUAUGUGGAGAUGGCCAUACUACUACAACUGUCUUUGAUGCUUUUGUACUUAUUUGGAAAUUUCCCUACUUUUAUGUAAAACCAAUAUACCCAUGAUUAUAGCUUGAUAGAUGAACAUAAAUAAUAAUGCGAUUGGGAGAAAUAAAAUAUCACAUGAAAAAUUAUUUAACAGUGAAAUCUUUGCACUUUGAAAGCAUAAUGACUGAUUGACUGUUUUGAUGUUUGGAAUUUGGAUAUCAUCUAGUAUUUGGAUUUUAGAGAAAUCUGAAACUGAAGUUUAAUAUUAAGUGAAAGCCAUGCUUAAUAUAAUUUUCUGAUGUUUGAUGUCUUCAAUAAGUAAUAGUUUAAUAAUACUUCACCAUUGAGUUUUUAUCAUCUUGUUAGUGUGUUUGGAUUAUCUUACUUUGUGUUAACAAAAACUUAAAAUAAAAAAUGCUCACUGAACUGUUUUUGUGUAAAAAUUAAGUAUAACAGAACAUAUCAGAUCACUGGAAUAUAAUCAAAAUUACAAAUACACGUGCUGAUGUUAGCUGCCAGCAUUUUUUAAACAAGUUUAUUUGAUUUUUCAUGGUUUGUUAAAGGUGACAUUUUGUGAAGCCUUCUCUGCUUCCCCCAAGGAAGCUAGAUUAUGAUUCUUUUAAAUUCCUGCUUAUAGAAUAAUGAUUUUAUGUUUUCUAUGUAAUAUAAUAUAAAUUAAUGCUAGACUUUACAGUUGUGCCAAUAUAAUAUUCUCUACUAUGAUAAUUCUAGUAUUAAAAAUACUGUCUAGUAGUAAACAGUUUUCUACAGUCUGUUUUAUGUGCUUUUAUCAAUGCUUUCCUCUACCUUUACUGCUAUUUUUUUAGAACCAUGAUAUCGAUACCUUUGCUAAUUUUCUACCUUUUCAGCUAAUUUAUUAGAUAUACCUCUCCAUCUUUCUCUCUCUUCUUCAUCUCUCAUAGACACAAUAUUUAAACUCUGUUCUUCAAGCAAAUUUCACUAUAAAUUGCUUUGUAUUUUUCCCAACAAAAGAAGUUGUGGAGUGAAAUAUUGUGUUUCUUUUGCUGUUACUUGGAUUUACUUAUUGUUUAAUGUUUCUUUGGCCUUGUCGUGAUUAAUGAUUAGAGGGUUAGGAGUAUUUCCCUCUACGUGUGAAAUGUCUGUGCAUAGUUGAUCAUUAUUUUCGAGUGCAGGAAAAGAUUAGAAAAUGCUAACACCUUCUAACACUUGCUAAACCUUGCUCAGGUAAUAUCUGAAACGUUAGUCAUCCUAUUUUCCAAUCCUUCCUCUAUUUAUUAAGUCAAUCCUAACUCUUGCUGCCAUUCAUGAGAAGCUAGAACUAGAAGGUGCUCUUUCUGUAUCAGUGGAUUGAGGCAUGGGUAAAUGGCUUCAAGUUGUGAAUUAUUUGCAGAUCUGACUUAUAUACACUGUCUAUUUUGACACCCGGAGAUUGCAAUUGAUAGUUAUGGGGCAUAGGCACUUAUAUAACCCAUCUUCGUUGUUUGAGGGUGAGCCUGACCAGAAUUGGAAUCAUAUGCAUACUGAUCAACAUUAUGUGCACCUUGGUAGGACUAGCACUUCAGAGAAUGGUUCUUUUAUUUAUCCUGCAGAAAAUAUGUCUGUAGAUGGCAUUUCUUUCCCCUCUCAUUGGAACUCUUCCACAAGAUCAAAUGGAUAUGCAUCCUCAAGUCUCAACAUUGAUUUACCUCCUCACCAGUCAGAUGCAUCAGGCUCUUCUAAUGAUCAUUUUGUGCAUUCGUCUAGUGCUGGAGCAUUCUUUGCCAUGCCUGAAAAUUAUGUACACCAGCCUUCUUCCAAUUAUGACAGACAAACAUUUCAUGUUGAUGGUGGUUUUAUUGAUCUUACAAUUGGAAAUGGACAAGGGCCUCACAAGCGUAAGAGUCCUGGAAUUCCUUCAGUCUAUGAGAGAGGUGGUACAAGUAGAUACUUUAAUGCUGGGAGUUCAUCUGAUCUUCCUAUAUCUUCAGAGUUAUGGCAGGAGAAGCCAAAUAUUGAUUCUCAAUAUAUGCCCUGGGAUCAUUUUAAUAUGACCCCCGCAUUCAGGGGUACUGGCCUUUCAAUAAAGGGUGAGGGUUCUCUGCGGAAUGUGAGGAGUCGUUCUGCACUUGAUUUGGAUUCUGACCUGGCUAGGACCCAUUUAUCAGGUAAUCAUUCGCACAACUACCCUACUGUUCCACCAGUGGGCCAUUCUGGCAUGGUGGAUCUUUCUAGUCAGACUUCUACUACAUUGACAAGAGAUUGGAGCCAAAUGAACAUACCUCCAGCUAAUGGAAGGGUGUUGUUACCAGAUGCAAGUGCUUUUGGUCUUGAGACUGGUCAUUUCCUUGUUGGAAGUGGUGCUACUACUAGCAAUCCUUCGGUUGAUAUUGGGGGUUUCCAUCAUGAAUUUGGUACCAGCAGAAAUCCUACUGCUCCUCAAAGUUUUCAUAAUAAUCCAUCUCAGACUGCUAGGGGAAUUCGAAGCAACUAUUCCCAGAGAUCCACUCCAACUUUUAGGGCUUCUUCAAGCUUGCACUUGGGACAUGGGACAUCUGAUGAUGGAUUGCCUAUGGUAGCUGAAAGUUACCCUUCUAGACAUCCAAGGCCAUUGAGCACCAUUGGCUGGCGGAAUGGUGAUAGAAAUGGGAGGUCAAGAAUUUCUAGUGAAAGAUAUCGAUCAUUGACUGAGGAAAGUGGUCUCCAUGAUCGAUUUUCUUCUGAGGGUUUCAUGGUUGUUGAGCGUGCAUCACUGUAUGGUUCCAGGAAUAUGCUUGAUCAGCACCGAGAAAUGAGGAUGGACAUAGAUAACAUGAGUUAUGAGGAACUACUUGCACUUGGUGAGAGGAUUGGCUAUGUGAACACAGGACUCUCUGAGGACGUGCUUUCCAAAUGUUUGAUGGAAACAAUACAUUGUUCAUCUGAACAAAAUCAAGACGAAGGAAACUGUGUAAUAUGUCUGGAAGAGUACAAGAACAUGGACGAUGUUGGAAAACUUAACACUUGUGGACAUGACUACCAUGUGAGCUGCAUCAAAAAGUGGUUGUCUAUGAAGAAAUUAUGUCCUAUCUGCAAAGUAUCUGCUUCGCCUGAGGAUACGAAGGAUGAAUAAAUUCUACUGUAGUAUAAUAAUUAAUCUCAUUUUGUGUAUAUAUUUUGGACAUCUCUCAAUCUCAAAAUGGAGGAAACAAACUUGCUUUUGGAAAUGUUGUAACAGGAAUGCUACUUUAUGUCAAUGUAUUUGUUUUCGGCUUCGAUAUCAA